AUGGACGAGCGACCGCGAGAGCAACGGGCUGUGACGCUCGAGGUUCAACUUGUGGAAUGGACACACUCGGGCCGGCCCGGAUCGUCGAGAGGACGGGGCGAGGCGUUUGAGCCAAUGACGAGGCAGAAGAGUGUCGACGACCACGAGGGCAAGUCCGAGCCAAGCCCCGUCUGCCUCAAGUUUGGCGCGACUUCUCUGGCGCCAGCUAUCGUGAGCUCGCGAGCGCUGGGGAGAUGGAUAGACCGUCGACAGAUUGACACCGACAUUCCUCACGCCAGACGCAGCAGCUCAUUGGGGCGACGCCGUGUCCGACCGUUGUGCCCUUUUUUUACCAGCAUGCAGCAGUUAGCCGACUUGUGGCUGGCCUAUGCUCGCUGA